UGAACCGCUUCUGUGCAGCCUCCAGUAACCGGACAGGCUUCCUGUGCGAUGACAGAGUGACCUGUGUCUCAGCCAGCCAGGUCUGUGACGGAGUCAGCAACUGCAGGAAUGGUGAGGAUGAGCAGAAGAAACUCUGUG